AUGCACGCGCUGCUCUUCUCUUGCGUCCCUAUUAAGGAAAGAAAGAGGGAAAGAGGGGACAUGUCUUCGAAGCCGUCAGAUGAGAAUGGUGUCCAGUUCAAUACCGAGAUGGAUCCAGAGGCCGAGCUGCAGGAAAUGCAGCGACAAGUGAGUGAUCUACAGGAAGAUCUGCGGCUAAAGACGCUGCAGGAAACGGCGGCACAAGACGAAGGUCAUCGAAAGAGCACGGGUUUUGUAGCCACAAAAAACACGUCUAUCUUUGUGGGGGGCCUGGACCCUCGUACAACGGAAGGUGAACUCCGAGUAUUUUUCAGUUCAUGCGGUACGAUUAAACGCCUUACUAUGUUGCGCGAUAAGUUUACUGGGCAGUUGAAAGGCAAUGCGUACAUAGAGUUUGAAGCGCCCGAACAGGCCGCCGCGGGAAUCUUGAAGGAUGGACAGUCACUACAUGGCAAACCGCUGAAUGUUGCGAUGAAACGUGAUAACAUUCCGGCGUUCCAACGCGGUAGGGGGUCGAGUGGCUUUUCCCGGGGCGGUUAUCGCGGGGGUGGACCGGGUGCGAUGCAACAGCAGAUGGCGAUGGCUGCAACAAUGAUGGCUGCAAGCAUGAUGGGCGGCGCUGGGGGUGGCUUUAACCCUUUUGGUGGAAUGGCGCGAGGACGCGGUCGUGGUCGUGGACGCGGCGGACUGCAUUAA